AUGAAGUAGUGGUAAUUGUUUUUCAUUGAAAAUUCAGGUUCAUAUUCUUUGCAAAGAGCAAACGACGACGUCUAUAAUAUUUAAAAAAGAACGUGAAAAGUAGAAAAAUCGGGCAGCCAAUUCCGCCCAACAUUGGGAGGAAGGAGGAAAAUUCAUAGUGACCUUAUUUGUGUAAUAGUUAAAUAAACGUGAAGUGAAUUUUUUGAGAUCAAUUAUAUAGAAGGAAGCAGAAUCGUAGUGGCAGAGGCAGCGGAAGAAGAAGAAACACCCGUCUGCAGUUAUUGCAAGCAGCGUCAGCGUCGCUGCUGAGGCAGUUCAACAUCCUAUCCCCGACCCCGAAAAAUUAGAUCUGAAAAGAUGGCGACCAGUCGCACCAGUCGCAUACAACAAAAUAAGAAUAUUAAUUCAUUCUUUUCCAAGAUUCAAGGAGCCUUUUCUGAGGCAUGUACACAACAGCGUCUAUCGACUGAUAAGAAAACGUUGGAGAAAACUUGGAAGUUAAUGGAUAAAGUUGUAAAGUUGUGUCAGCAACCGAAAAUGAAUUUAAAAAAUAGUCCACCUUUUAUACUGGACAUAUUGCCAGACACGUAUCAGCGAUUGCGUCUUAUAUACUCCAAGAAUGAAGAUCAAAUGCAUGUUUUACAUGCCAAUGAACACUUCAAUGUGUUCAUUAAUAAUUUGAUGCGCAAAUGCAAACAAGCCAUUAAAUUGUUUAAAGAAGGAAAGGAGAAAAUGUUUGACGAGAAUUCACACUAUAGGAGAAAUUUAACCAAACUUAGUUUAGUAUUCUCUCAUAUGUUAAGCGAAUUAAAGGCCAUUUUUCCUAAUGGAGUGUUUGCUGGCGAUCAAUUUAGAAUUACGAAAGCAGACGCUGCAGAGUUUUGGAAACUUAACUUUGGCAAUAGUACGCUGGUUCCUUGGAAAAUAUUUCGUAUGGAAUUAAAUAAAGUGCAUCCAAUUUCAUCUGGUCUAGAGGCAAUGGCGUUAAAAACAACCAUAGACUUAACAUGUAACGAUUACAUUUCAAAUUUUGAAUUCGAUGUUUUUACACGUCUGUUUCAACCGUGGGUGACACUCUUACGUAACUGGCAAAUACUAGCAGUCACACACCCCGGAUAUGUUGCCUUUUUAACAUAUGAUGAAGUUAAAGCUCGCUUGCAGCGUUACAUCCAUAAAGCAGGAAGCUAUGUUUUCAGAUUAUCAUGUACGAGGCUUGGGCAAUGGGCGAUCGGUUAUGUGACCGCUGAUGGCGAAAUUUUGCAAACUAUACCACAAAACAAAUCUCUCUGUCAAGCGCUAUUGGACGGGCACAGGGAGGGCUUUUACUUGUAUCCUGAUGGUCAAGCCUGCAAUCCUGACUUAUCCUCAGCUGUGCAGAGUCCUACGGAGGAUCACAUUACAGUUACCCAAGAACAAUAUGAACUAUACUGUGAAAUGGGUAGCACAUUUCAACUGUGUAAAAUUUGCGCUGAAAAUGAUAAGGAUAUACGCAUUGAGCCAUGCGGACAUCUUUUGUGCACACCCUGCCUCACAUCUUGGCAAGUCGAUUCAGAAGGACAGGGCUGUCCAUUUUGCAGAGCCGAAAUUAAAGGCACUGAACAAAUUGUGGUUGACGCUUUUGAUCCGCGUAAGCAGCAUAAUCGGAACUCGACAAAUGGCCGCCAUCAGAACACCGACGACGACGAUACAGAGGAUGGCGCUGAUUUCAACAUUGCCACCUCAUCGCUUCAUGCAUUAAGCAACAGUAUGACCACAACCACACCUGCCACGGACAAGCAGAGCCCGCAUACGUCUCCACGUUUCGCUCGCCGAAGCACUACUCCUAGCUUACUUGCAGUACAGAACGACUUAUAUGCAGGCCACAUACCGAAUCUUACAUUGGUGAGCUCUGGCGGCAGCAACUACAUCGUGGCUGCUAACGCAUCGGCUAUAGCUAACGCAGUACUUUCACCACAGCCCACGCCCACUGCACCGCCUAUACAUGCCGCCAAUGGCGGAAGUAGUAGUACAAAUGUAGCGAGUGCUGCGCAAAAAUCGACACAUCGGAUGAGCGCGCCUCUUAUGGGAGCUACCUCAGCCUCGAACGGCAGUAAUCCCAACAGUAAUUAUGUGACGAGAAUGGCGACCAGCAAAUCCGAACAUAACGACAAUUCCUCGUAUGCCAUACUACAAGGCCUACAAGAUCCUUUGCAAGCAAAUACACAACAGCAGCACACAGCUACACCACGUCAUGUUGCCCCUCCGUUGCCGCCGCGAAAGGCAUCGCCUGGUGUUGAGAAUAGUGCCACAACAAUUAUAGCUACAAGUUGUACUGUAACUCCAGUUAUAGCUAAAUCAUGUGAGACAGCAACCGUGAAACAUAAAGGGCAAACUGCAAUGGGUGGAGGAACUCCUUCAGAUAGCUUAGCGACGAAUACAGAAGGAGCUGCUGCGCCACCGCAAACAACAGCUCCACCGAUACCUCCACAUGGCAACUUGAUGUUGGUAGACAGUAUUGUUGAAGAUUUGCGAGCACAACAGAUCAGCGUGACCACAUCGACGACUUCCACUCCUCAUUCACUGACAACACAGUCAACAGCGGGUUCUGGACCUGCUUCUACGCCUACACGCUCAAUACUCGACGAUGACAUAGUCGGACCGGCCGAAACGAUUAUGGGUGUAAUUGACACUCGGCCCUUGGAAGCACGAUUGGCAGUAUCAGCUCGCAUUUUGGAACCAACAACCGUAAAGCUGCCACCAGUAACUGCUAUUAACCCCAUGGCGUGCACUCCGCAUUACACACAAAUAUGCAAUGCGACUUCAUCAACACAACCACUGGCAAUGGCAUCUGCCGCAACCACGGGAGGCUCAGUAGUAACUGCGUCAACGGUGGCAUCGCAGCGAAGUCAGCAGCAAGCCACGCAAUCACUACAGCAACUACAACAACAGCCGCUUCUAUACGAGAAUGUAGCGAUCAAUCAAAAAGACUGCAAUGUACCAUAUGAAAAUAUCAAUCUUGAAUACAUUGCACGGCUUGUGAAGGAGGGCUAUACCAAAGAAAACGCUAUUACAGCGCUGGGCAUUUCUCGCAACAAUAUUGAGAUGGCAUGCGACAUUUUGCGCGAGUUCGUGUCGAAGAGUACUGUUUGAGAUGAGCGGCCGGCAAGUAUGAUACCUGAGAUAUUAUCAAAUCUAGUAAGCAUUGAAUGCAAUAUUACAUACAUAGUUACAUAUAUCAGGUUAGUCUAAAGAAAAAUUUCAUGUUUGCCCUUUCGAGAAGCGUUUGGCAUUUUAAAUUCGACAUAAGUAAAAGUAAAAACUGAAUUCCAACUUCUGAAAAGUCUUACAUCAAAUAGUAAUGCAUACAUUUUUAUUUAAACCUCGAUUUAAGUAAAUUGUUUGAAAUAGUUUAUACGAGUAUAAGAAAUAAAUUGAAUUCCCCUUGAAAAGGACAUAUUUUAAAUAUAAAAAUACUGAAAAAUUUGUAUGCCUAUUGAUUUAAAUUUAAAGGAAUAUGUAUAAUUUUACCGUAUAUCCGAGAUCGUAUACUCACAUACAUACACAUACAUACAUAUGUAUGAUCUGCAGCUUAUAUUCAUAAAUACAAAGGCAGUAAUUAGCACGUAGUGGCAGAAUGAACAAAUAAUCAAUCCUUAUUACUCAAAAUGUAAGAAAAAGAUCGAAAAGGUAGCAGCAAGCUUCAAUUUAUCUACAAUUGACUUGAAGCUUAAAUCAGUACUAUAAACAAUCCAUAACGAUUUUAGUGUUAAGAUUCUUAUUAAUAUAGCAUACAUAUAUGAACUCGAACCAGUAUACACACACUUAUAUACAUAUACAUAUUUAUUGCAAUAAUAUUUACAGGAACAACUCAACUAUGACAUUAUGUACUCUAAAAACUGCUUAUAUACAUAAAGUAAAUACGAAAACAAAUUUUCUAUAGAUACUCCAAUAUCAACAACGAAAACAGCAGAAACCAAUUACCAACUCCCAAUUUUUUUUCUAACAAUUAGGGGUGUCCUUAAUUAACUAUACUAUCACGGGAGAAACUUUAUAAAUAAGUGUGUUUUAACAUAUUUCAAUUCGAAUUCAUUGAAAAAGCGCAAUGCUUAGGAAUGUUGAACAAAUUUCCCAUUUUGCUUUCAUAUUUGGUUGGAGAUUUUGUAGUUUAUUAUUGCAAAGCCAAUUUUACUGAAACAAAACAGCAAUACUAUUGCAAAAUGUUGCGUAGUAUAAAAAUGUACAGGACAGAGCCAUUUUUUAAGUUCAUUGAAUCGGAAAAAUAUUAACGAAAUGGUGCGUAAAUAGUAUUGCCAGUAGAAAAUAUUGAAAUGCCAAACUGCAAACAAGAAUUUUGUGUCAUUGUGUCACUCUUCUUAGCAAACUCGAACGUUAGUGAAAGAUUUGAGAAUAACACAAAA